GUGUUAGUUUGAACUUUGAACAUCCUUUUCCACUGUUUUGUCGUUAAACUAAAGACUUUGCCACACGCCAUUAGUUCCUUGGACGAUUGGACAAGGGAAUCCCCAGAAGUUAGCUCUCCCGCACCUUCCUCUGGCUUUAGCUGGUCUCCUCUUCUUCCAUUUCUCAAACUGGAGCUUAUAACAUUGAAUAUAGACCCCACUAAAGCCCUUCUUCCACCCAAAGUUGUUCACCGCUCGUAAGUCAGAUACAAGGUCUUACAUUUACAUUUUUAUUUGGUUGCAAGUACUGAAGAUUUGGUGCCGAAUCCCACUAAGGGGGCUUUGUAGCCAUACUUGGAUCUGUUACUGCGAAAGUUAUCUAUAUAGCUUACCCCUUCUGCAUUCAAUUAUCCAACAGGUAUCUGCUUCUUCUAUGGCGGCAAUAUUGGCUUCAAAUAGCUGUUAUUGCCGCGAUAAGCAGUCAAUAAAUCAAGGACAGACCCUAGACAACCUUAGUUUCUCGAGCACGAUUUCAGUUAAUAAAUUCUUGAAGUUUGGAGGACCAUCGAAGAAUCCACCUGGGACAGACAAGUUUCAGGUGGAAAUGAAACAGGCAGAAUAUCCCUCAAGAUUAGUGAACAAUGGACGAGCCGUUAAAAUGGUACCAGCAAGCGAAUUAGUGAAAAGGAAAACCCCAUCCAAAAAUAAAGUAGACAUUGUAAAUGGUUCAAGGCAGAUUGUUGAGGGAGCGAAAGUAGUUAGAAGACAACCUACUGCUGCCCUGGUGAAAACCCCAAAGGUUAGGAAAUCUAAAGAACUUCCACCCGCGGAGGAGCUGAAGGUUUUGCCCUCGGAUGAAGGUUUCAGUUGGGCCAAUGAAAAUUAUAACUCCUUGCAAAGGACUAUAGACGUUUGGUCUUUUGUUUUCUCUCUGCGUUUUCGUGUUCUGUUCAGCAAUGAAAAAUGGGCAUAUUUGGGAGGCUUCACAGAUGAUAAGCAGAAAAACAGAAGGCAAAAAACUGCUUCAUGGCUCCGGGAGCGUGUGCUGCAGCUUGGUCCAACUUUUAUUAAACUUGGGCAGUUGUCUUCAACAAGGUCAGAUCUAUUUCCGCGUGAAUUUGUAGAUGAGCUAGCAAAGUUGCAGGACAAGGUCCCUGCCUUCUCACCAGAGAAAGCAAAAGGCUUCAUUGAGAGUGAACUCGGAGCUCCUAUAGAUGUAGUGUUUAAGGAGUUCGAGGACCGUCCAAUUGCUGCUGCUAGUCUUGGUCAGGUCCACCGGGCUAUCCUGCAUAAUGGGGAGAAAGUAGUGGUGAAAGUUCAGAGACCUGGUCUCAAGAAGCUUUUCGACAUCGACUUACGAAAUCUAAAGCUAAUUGCGGAGUAUUUUCAGAGAAGUGAAACUUUUGGUGGUCCAACAAGAGAUUGGAUUGGCAUAUAUGAAGAAUGUGCCACGAUUUUGUAUCAAGAAAUUGAUUAUAUUAAUGAAGGGAAGAAUGCAGAUAGAUUCCGCCGAGAUUUUCGAAAUAUAAAAUGGGUUCGAGUACCUCUGGUUUACUGGGAUUAUACAGCCUUAAAGGUGUUGACAUUAGAGUAUGUUCCAGGGAUUAAGAUAAAUCGGUUGGAUAUGAUUGAUUCACGGGGUUAUAACCGGUCUCGAAUAUCAUCACGUGCUAUCGAGGCAUACUUAAUUCAGGUCCGGACUUUCUUCCGAGUAAAACCAACCAAAAUGAUUUAUUUACUCCUGAUUUCAAGUACAAUGACUUGUGUUUUGGUCAUUUUCCUUCUCUCUUUUCAGAUACUAAAAACCGGUUUCUUUCAUGCCGAUCCACAUCCUGGAAAUCUUGCUAUUGAUGUUGAUGAAACACUCAUCUACUAUGAUUUUGGUAUGAUGGGAGAAAUCAAAUCUUUCACUCGGUCGAGAUUGCUUGAACUUUUCUAUGCUGUUUAUGAGCAAGAUGCAAAGAAGGUUAUUCAAAGCCUUGUAGAUCUUCAAGCACUUCAGCCCACAGGAGACAUGUCAUCUGUUAGGAGAUCUGUGCAGUUUUUCUUGGAUAAUUCGUUAGGUCAGACACCAGAUCAGCAGCAGACUUUAGCUGCAAUUGGGGAGGAUUUAUUUGCCAUAGCACAAGAUCAGCCUUUUCGGUUUCCAUCCACCUUUACCUUUGUCCUGAGAGCAUUUUCAACCCUUGAAGGUAUAGGAUACAUGCUUGAUCCAAAAUUUUCCUUUGUAAAGAUCGCUGCUCCUUAUGCACAGGAGCUUUUAGAUCUAAAACAGAAGCAGCAGUCUGGGACACAACUUGUGCAGGAAAUAAGGAAACAGGCUGAUAAUGCCAGAACAUCUACCAUGUCCAUGCCAUCUAGAGUUCAGCGGAUAGAAGAAUUUGUGCAACAGCUCGAGUCAGGGGACUUGAAGCUACGAGUCCGAGUGCUUGAGUCUGAAAGAGCCGCUCGGAAAGCAACAAUUAUACAAAUGGCAACUAUGUAUACAGUAUUAGGAGGUACCCUGCUAAACCUUGGGGUCACGUUCAGCUCUCAAGGCAGUCAAGUGAUUGCAAAUGGAUCGUUCAUUGGUUCAGGAAUUUUUAUGGCACUGUUUUUUAGGUCAAUGCAAAGGGUGAAGAAGCUUGAUAAAUUUGAGAAGAUGAUGUAAAAUUUCUUUUCCAAGCAUGUCAAUUCUUCCGCGCAUGUUGGAUACAUCUUGGUCUAAAUUUUUCUGUCUGGUGUCUUUUUUGUCCCCUUCACAUUCAAAACACGGCAGUAUUCUGUAUAUAUAGAACGUGAUUAAAUGGGGAGUUGCGUCCCUGAUAGAAAUUAUGAAUUGUAUAAAAGGUGCAAUUCCUAAAACAAAAUAUAUAAAAGAUUAGGAAUUCAAUUUGGUUAA